AUGAGGCUGUCAUAUCGAGAAAAGAAUCAGGAGGCGGUUUGUCUCCCUUUUCCAUCGACCCCGACGUGGACUCUAAUAGGCACGGAGGAGCAGGGAAUUGGCCUUGAAAACCUUCUGACGCUACUGGAAGCUAACAAUGGGCAGUUUCUCUCCCACCGCAAGGCUUUGUUGGCUGAUAUGCCGUGCAAGAUGGAGAACGAUUUCCCCAGGAUUCAGAAGGAUGAGGUUUGGCGUCCGAUAAACGAUACUAUAUGUCUCUGA